AUGGCCAUAUCUACCAAGCCCACAGUUGUAUUCAUCACUGGUGCAGGAAGAGGCAUUGGCAAAGGCUUGACGGCGGUAUACCUGAUUCGCCCAAAUCAUGUUGUCAUCGGAAGUGUUCGUGAUAAAUCAUCACUAAAUCAUGAUGAGUUGAAGAAACUGCCAACAGCUGAAGGUUCUCGCCUGAUUCUCGUUAGCAUUGACAGUUCUGAAUUGGAUGAUCCAGCCAAAGCAUUAGAGCAUGUGCAAUCUGAAGGGAUUACCUAUAUCGACAUCGUCAUUGCCAAUGCGGGAAUAUGCCCAAGUCCAGGGCCGUUCCAGAAUGUUCCAAUCAAAGAUGUAUUGGAAGGGUUUAAAGUGAACCCCGCGGCUCCAAUCCAGUUGUACCACGCUACAAGUCCAUUUCUUGAAAAGUCGACUCAGCCCGUUUGGUUAUCUAUAAGUAGCAUAGUGGGCUCAAUCAAGAACGCGGAGCAGUACAACGCUCCCUUCAUAUUUGCAUAUGGCCUUUCUAAAUCCUCCCUCAAUUUUUUUACCAUGGCUAUUCAUGCUGCGCAUCCCAAUUGGAUUUCGUAUGCUGUGCAUCCUGGCAGUCUCGUCCAAACUGAUAUGGGAAAUGCCGGGGCACGCAUGCAGGGAUUGGAAAAGGCGCCUGUCACUCUAGAGGACUCUUGCAGCAGCAUCAUAGUAUCUAUUGAUAAAGCUACAAGGGCAGAGACAUCGGGUAGAUUUAUUGAUCUUGCAAGCGAUACUGAGAUCCCGUGGUAA